AUGCCUUCAACUGGCUCGUUCUCCAGACCUCUUGUCGUGUUUGGGCCCUCCGGAACAGGCAAAUCCACCCUCUUGAAGAAAUUGUUUGCUGAUCAUCCUGAUAAGUUUGGGUUCAGUGUUUCGCAUACAACAAGAUCCCCAAGAGCAGGCGAGACGAACGGGAAAGAGUAUCAUUUCACGACACGAGAGCAGUUCCUCUCGCUCGUUGAUCAGGGGGCUUUCAUAGAGCAUGCUCAAUUUUCUGGAAACCUUUAUGGCACGACUGUCAAGGCCGUACAGGAUGUCGCUGAGAGGGGAAGGAGAUGUAUUCUAGACAUUGACGCUCAGGGUGUGCGAACCAUUAAGGAGAAACAUCCCAACCUGAACCCAGUCUUUGUCUUUAUAUCACCGCCCUCUCUUGAUGCCCUGCGCUCUCGGCUCGUUGGACGCGGCACCGAAACGAAUGAAGCACUCAAUGCACGUCUAUCCGCCGCUCUGGACGAGAUAUUUUAUGCCCGCACAGGAAGAGUGCAAGUGGUGGAUCAUGUAGUCGUAAAUGACGUUGUUGAGAGAGCGUACAGUCUAUUGGAGAAACUAGCAUUGGGAGUAGGGGAAGGUGUAAAGAGUGACGAACUUCCUCCGUUCUAA